AUGGUGAACAAUCGAAACAGCACUCGGCAGGCCCGGAUGGUGACCAAUCCAAACAGCACUCGGCAAGCCGGGACGGUGACCAAUCCAAACAGCACUCGGCAAGCCGGGACGGUGACCAAUCCAAACAGCACUCAGCAAGCCGGGACGGUGACCAAUCCAAACAGCACUCGGCAGGCCGGGAUGGUGACCAAUCCAAACAGCAGUCGGCAGGCCGGGACGGUGACCAAUCGAAACAGCACUCGGCAGGCCCGGAUGGUGACCAAUCCAAACAGCACUCGGCAAGCCGGGACGGUGACCAAUCCAAACAGCACUCUGCAAGCCGGGAUGGUGACCAAUCCAAACAGCACUCGGCAGGCCAGGAUGGUGACCAAUCCAAACAGCACUCGGCAGGCCGGGACAGUGACCAAUCCAAACAGCAAUCGGCAGGCCGGGACAGUGACCAAUCCAAACAGCACUCGGCAGGCUGGGACAGUGACCAAUCCAAAAAGCAGUCGGCAGGCUGGGACAGUGACCAAUCCAAACAGCACUCGGCAGGCCCGGAUGGUGACCAAUCCAAACAGCACUCGGCAAGCCGGGACGGUGACCAAUCCAAACAGCACUCGGCAGACUGGGACGGUGACCAAUCCAAACAGCCGUCGGCAGGCCGGGACAGUGACCAAUCCAAACAGCACUCGGCAAGCCGGGACGGUGACCAAUCCAAACAGCAGUCAGCAGCCCAGGACGGUGACCAAUCCGAACAGCACUCGGCAGGCCCGGACGGACCGCGCGUCCUGCUUGCCACUCACUUCGUCAGAUAAGGGCGCUCGGCGCGUCAAAGGCUCCAGCCGCGGGUCACUCGGCGGUCACUGGGAGGGCGCCCCACAAACCAGCGACAACUGGUUCGCCGUCCUCGAGGCGAGGCGAGGAACAGAAGCGCCGUCGCAGUCGGCGCGCAGUCGCUCCAGCUGCAGUUCUUCCCGGCCGACAUGGUGGACCUGGCGGCGUGCUGCGCCGGCACCUCCGCCCCCUCCACCCCCACGCUGGACUCGCGCCACGGCCACUGGCCGGGACAGGCUGUCUGCUCGUCUACGUCCGCGCCGUCGACGCCGCUGGAUCCUCAAGCCGCGCUCAUGGUGA